GCUGCCGACGCUGCUGGGAGCCUAGCGGUCCCGCUGCGGUUUGGGCUGAGGUGGCAUUUCUCUUCCACCACCAGCCCUGGUCCCUAGGUCCCUAUCCUCCGAGGACCGCCCUCGACCUUUGCCCUCACCCAUUUCUCCCUCCUCCUCCCCGCGCCAGGGACCCCGUAUCCGAAUCUCUGCACUCGUGCCGCCCCCCGCAUUUCUCCCCUCCCGCCGCAAACCCCGCGACCUCCAGGAGCCGGUCCCCGCGGGCCCGAUCCUGCCUGGCGGCUUCCGCCGCAGCCUGCUCAGCAUUCCCGCUCUCCCAGGGCUCGCACCACUGCACCCCCCCGCGGUCCGCGCCGGGGCUUCCCUGUUCCCAACUCCUCCCGCCCCCUCGAAGCCCCCUCCCCCGCCCUGGCCAGUUGGCAUGCAGGUGUCUAUCGCGUGUACCGAGCAGAACCUUCGCAGCCGGAGCAGUGAGGACCGUCUGUGUGGACCCCGGCCGGGCCCCGGGGGCGGUAAUGGCGGGCCGGUCGGCGGGGGGCAUGGGAAUCCUCCGGGGGGAGGAGGGUCGGGCCCCAAGGCCCGGGCCGCACUGGUCCCCCGACCCCCAGCGCCCGCUGGGGCCCUCCGAGAGAGCACCGGCAGACGCACUGGCAUGAAAUACAGGAACCUAGGAAAGUCUGGUCUUCGGGUCUCCUGUCUUGGCCUAGGCACCUGGGUCACGUUUGGUUCUCAAAUCUCGGACAAGACAGCAGAGGACGUGCUGACAGUGGCCUAUGAGCACGGUGUAAACCUAUUUGACACGGCUGAAGUCUACGCAGCGGGGAAGUAAGGACUGGGGUGAAAGAGCCAAGUUACAUCUGGAAGGCUAAGAGAACAUCAGGGCUUCUUAUUUUCCCUCUAGAGAACCCUGGGCACUCUGUGAACGCUAAGUUCCAACCUUUCAGCCAAUGGGCCCCCGACGCACUAUGGGAAUUGUAGUCCCAACAUCAGUCCUUCUUCAGUGUAGAGCCCAAAGGGCAUUCUAGGCAGUCCAAAUAAAAUAAAGCCAACAAAUCUAUCCUGGGCAUCAGUUAUGUGUCACAAUGUGGGGAUUACAAGGCUGAAUUUUCACAGAUCGCAUACCCAUGGCUUCACGCUGGGUCCUCCCAAACCUAGCCAAAACCUAGGAUGACCUUCCCCCACCUCUUGUCCCAUCUGGCAAACUCUCCUGCUCAUCUUCAAGACUUGGCCCAGGGCGCCUGG